GCCCUGCAGCACCGCAGGCUCCCUUUGGGCAGAGAUCCAGGGAUCCCGGGGGCUGAGUUGAGAGGCUGAAGGACUGCAGAAGAGCUAGAGAGGGGCCAAGCAAACCAUGAUAUUUCCAUGGAAAUGCCAGAGCCCUCAGAGGGGAUUGUGGAACGUCUUCAAGUUGUGGGUCUGGGCAACACUCUGCUGUGAUUUCCUGGCAUAUCAUGGAAUCAACUGUUGGACUUACCAUUAUUCUGAAAAACCCAUGAACUGGGAAAGGGCUCGAAAGUUCUGCCAAGAAAACUACACGGAUUUAGUCGCCAUACAAAACAAGGGAGAAAUUGAGUAUCUGGAGAAGACGCUGCCCUUUAGCCGCUCUUACUACUGGAUAGGAAUCCGGAAGAUAGGAAACACAUGGACAUGGGUGGGGACCAACAAAUCUCUCACCGCAGAAGCAGAGAACUGGGGAGAGGGGGAGCCCAACAACAAGAAGACCAAGGAGGACUGCGUGGAGAUCUACAUCAAGAGGCUCAGAGACUCAGGAAAAUGGAACGAUGACUCCUGCCAAAAACGGAAGGCAGCCCUCUGCUACACAGCUUCCUGCCGUCCUGGGUCAUGCAGUGGCCAUGGAGAAUGUGUGGAAGUCAUCAACAACCACACCUGCAACUGUGAUGUGGGGUACUAUGGGCCCCAGUGCCAGUUUGUGAUGCAGUGUGAGCCUUUGGAGGCCCCGGAGCUGGGGACCAUGGCCUGCACUCACCCUUUGGGAGAGUUCAGCUUCAGUUCACAGUGUGGCUUCAGCUGCUUGGAGGGAACAAACUUAACUGGGAUUGAAGAAACCACUUGUGGACCACUUGGAAAUUGGUCAUCUCUAAGACCAACCUGCCAAGUCAUUCAGUGUGAGCCUCUGACAGCACCUGAUCUGGGGACCAUUGACUGUAGUCAUCCUCGGGCUGUCUUUGGCUUUACCUCCACGUGCACCUUCAGCUGCUCAGAAGGAGCUGAGUUAAUCGGGAUGAAAAAAACUGUUUGUGGAUCAUCUGGAAUCUGGUCCAGUCCUACGCCAAAAUGUCAAAAAGUGGACAGAAGCUUCUCUAUGAUCAAAGAGGGUGACUAUAACCCCCUCUUCAUUCCUGUGGCAGUCAUGGUAACUGCCUUCUCUGGGUUGGCAUUCAUCAUUUGGCUGGCAAGGCGACUCAAAAAAGGAAAGAAAUCUCAGAAAAGCAAGGAAGACAUAUUAAUCCACCCUCUGUGAAAGAAAAUUCUUGGCAUAUUAAAGAGUCAUUAGAUCCUCCAAUCUGCAUGUAAAGAUUUGUGUGACGUUGUCUCCUCUAUCAGAGAUGAAGUGUGUCUUCAGUGCAUCUGGAAAGAGUUCUACGUGGCCAACAGCUCCUUCUGCUCCUGUUUUGUCCCUCAUUCAUCUCCCAGCCCCACCUAACAAUGAUUUAUAUAGCUCAGUCUUUUAUUAUUUUUUUCUGUGGAAGAAAACACAAGAUCUUCAGGGAAAAGGAUUACUGUGGAGUAUAAAGAUGUCUUAUGUUGCUCUUUCUUGUCUUUUGUUCACAAUUUCA